AUGGAAGACAACGCCGAGCUCGAGUCGUUCCGCCGACAGUGGCGCGAGGAGGUCUCGCGUCGAUCUAAGUCCAAGGCCCCUCCUGCUGCGACUCCGGCCCCAACUGUCCCGCCUCCAACUCGUCUUCCGCCAACACGCCAUGAGGCCUCUCGCCGCAAUGAGGUCGAGGAGGAGGGUCCCCCGCUGGCUUCAUUCGAUCCAGAGGAGCUGGCCCAGCAGAUUGGGGAGCUGAGCGUGGAAUCGCCAGAAGAUGAUGAUUUCUCUCGCCGUCGGGUGACGGAGCCGACGUCUGCGUUGGAGCAUUUCGAGCGAGCGGUCGAGAAGGAGGCCGAGGGCAACUUGGGAGACAGUCUGUCGCACUACCGCAAGGCAUACAGAUUGGAUUCUACUGUCGAUAAAACUUACCGGAAUAAACACUAUGCACAUGUCUGGAAGAAGACGAAUCAACCGGCGUCCACUACGACCCCUGCGGCAAUUCAUCAACCCACGGAGGCAGAGACCCUGCCGACCUCUCAGCUGAUUGCAUCCUUUGCAAAUCUGCCAAUUCCGCAGAGGGAACCUCUUAUUGAAGGCACACCACCUCCUCCCUGUCCAAUCUCUACCGUCCCAUCUGAGGUGAUAGUAGAGAUUCUUCGGCAUGUGGCUUUGGACGACCCGUCAGUCUUUGGACGCAUGGCACUGGUCUGCAAGCGAUUGGCCUAUCAUUUCGUACGUGAGCAGCAUAUCUGGAAACGGAUCUGUCAAGGGAAAAAGUUCGGAUUCCAGGGAAUGCAUUACGACUUUGCAUGCGAUCUACAAGGGCGUCCCAUCUACACCCUCGGUGAACGAUACACUCCUUUCCCCAAGGAUGAGCCGAUGGAGAUUCCUAAGCCGUUAUCCUCAUGGAGUCAAGUUUUCCAGACACUUCCUCGGAUUCGGUAUACUGGCGUUUACAUCAGCACAGUCAACUACACUCGGCCCGGUGCUGCCGAUGCCUACCAAAACACCUCGUGGAACAGCCCCAUUCACAUUGUCACCUACUAUCGCUACCUGCGGUUCUAUCCCGACGGCUCAGUGGUGUCCCUGCUCUCUUCAGCGGAGCCCGUUGACGUAGUCCCUUACUUCACCAAGGAGAAUCUGGUGGCAGCCCGCAACCCUGCACAGAAAAAGCAUCAACGUCGCCUAUCAGACCAUGGCCAAUCGCUAUCAGGAGCAGUCGAUUCAGUGCCGCCGGCUGCAAUGAACAUAUUAAAGCAUGCUCUUCCAGGACGUUGGCAUCUGGCCUCCCCCAUCCCUGAAUCCGAAACCCCCGCAGAAGCCUGGAAACCACAUACAUCAUCGGACCAAAAGCCCCUUCUCAGCGACGAGCGCGAUCUUAUUGUGGAAACUGAAGGUGUUGAGUCUAAGUACAUGUACACGAUGCAUCUAUCUCUCCGUUCACCCACAGUUUCUAAGGCUGCCCUGGCUGGGCCUGCUCCACCCAAUCCAUCCAAGAAUACUAAACUAGCAUGGAAGGGAUUCUGGAGCUACAAUAGAUUAACGGAUGAUUGGGGCGAGUUUACUCUUCGCAAUGACCGCGCUUAUGUCUUCCGUCGGACAUCGACCAGCCAGCCAAAUCGACGAAAAUCCCCCAAGAACUGCCGAGUCCUCCUGGGAACGGAAGGCUUGACCCAGGAGACUCAAUCUUCCUCGCAAAAAAAUGAUAAACCUGCGGAGAACCUGUCUAAAAUGUAUGCAUCCCAUCUCAAAGAUACAAUCGAUGAAUCCGAUACACCUUCCCCCUGA